UCACCGUCCAAUAUCUCUCUGUAUAACUAUACACUCGAACGUGAUCACAGCCAAGUGUCAAUGUAGCUGACGGAGUAACACCCACAUAGGAAGAUAUAUUUAUUAAUACAAAUAAUCCACAAAAAGCACAAGCGAGAGGGGAGAGAAGCAUGGUUGACAACACCAGUGUAGCCACAAAAUCUGCUUUGCGAAGUGCCUUCUCCCCGGUCCCUUCCAUGUUGCUGGCCCGCACCGCUCCGCGCCCCGUCUCGGCUGCCACUUCAUCAGCACUCACAGCCACCUCGUCUCCAGCCUCUUCUGUCUCCAGGCCGCCACCGCCACCUGUAGGGGGACUGAAGUUAGAAGCCGUGAUGGAGACGCUCCAACGGCAGCAGGCUGCGCGUCUGGCACUGGAGGAGCGGCUGCGGGAGGACAAGGAACAGACUGACUUCGGGGAAAUGCAAACUAAGAUCCUUCGACAGCUGUACCACCAAGAGAAGACAAUCUUAAGAAGUGUCACAGCACUGCCUGCAGCAGGAGGAGAACCUCUAAAGCGGCCGCAGCCCUUCAUGUCACCGGGAACGCAUCCACAGCACCACAACCGGACUGAAUCCCCCACAGAGCCGCGACAGCAGCACGAAACGCGCUCUCAGUCAGUACCAGAGCAUCGGCCGUCUUUGGGGGAGGUGGAACGGGGCAUGCCUGAAGAAUAUGAAGAUGAAGAGGAAGACGAUUAUGAAGAGGAUAUGGACGUUGAUCUUCAUCAUUAUCCAGCCCGGGGUGUUCAGCAGCAUUUUGAUUCCAAAGAUCAGCGCUCUCCUGAAGAUCUCCUGACUCAAGGUACUCCUAAAGCGGGACUUCCCUCUUCCAUGCUGCAGGGACAGUUGGACUCAGUAAACACACCUGGCCACCAGGUACCUCAGCACCACGAGUGGACGUACGAAGAACAGUUCAAGCAGGCAGGUGACCUGGACCACUGGUGGUUUUAG